AGAACGGGGCUGGGACACUUCUCUGUCACCCAGGGACCACACCUGGCCUGCCCAGCCUGGCCACCAUCUGCAGCCCCCAGACCCACAGUCUUGGGGUUGGACCACACACGUCUCUCCUGCCAGGGGGAAGGGAAAGGGGGAGCCAGGCUGUGCAAGGGAGCUGCUGCCUGCUGUGAGCCCCUCAAAUGAAUGCAGCAGUGCAGAGCUACCUCCUUAUAUUUGUGACCAUGAGCCGUGGUCUCCAACAAUGAGAGCGCUGGCCAGAAACUGGUGUCACCUUAACACCUUCCCAGGAAAGCCAAUUACCCUGGGAUGAUUAUGAUUAAUAAUUCUCUAAACCCUAAUCGUGCUGACACCAGUGCCUGGAGCUUACCCGGGGGGCACUUUAUAAGAGGUGCCCUGUGGGGGAGAGUUUAACUGGUUCUCCUUGGGGUGACAGCGAAGGCUGAGAGGUGGCAGGAGCUCCAUUCAGAGGCAGUUUCCCCCUUCCACAAAAGAAGUCCCAGAGCAAGAGCAGAAAGCCCACAGACUACAGCCAUGAACGGGACAGAAGGCCAAGACUUCUACGUGCCCAUGUCCAACAAGACGGGGGUGGUGCGGAGCCCCUUCGAGUACCCCCAGUACUACCUGGCUGAGCCCUGGAAGUACUCAGCCCUGGCUGCUUACAUGUUCAUGCUGAUCCUGCUGGGCUUCCCCAUCAACUUCCUCACGCUCUAUGUCACCAUCCAGCACAAGAAGCUCCGCACACCUCUGAACUACAUCCUGCUGAACCUGGCAGUCGCCGACCUCUUCAUGGUGUUUGGAGGCUUCACGACCACCAUGUACACCUCCAUGAACGGCUACUUUGUCUUUGGAGUAACAGGGUGCUACAUCGAAGGCUUCUUUGCCACGCUGGGCGGUGAAAUUGCUCUUUGGUCACUGGUGGUCCUGGCCAUCGAAAGAUACGUAGUGGUCUGCAAGCCCAUGAGCAACUUCCGCUUCGGGGAGAACCACGCCAUCAUGGGCGUUGCCUUCUCCUGGAUCAUGGCCUUGGCCUGUGCAGCCCCCCCCCUUUUCGGCUGGUCCAGGUACAUCCCCGAGGGCAUGCAGUGCUCCUGUGGGAUCGACUAUUACACGCUCAAGCCAGAGGUCAACAAUGAAUCUUUUGUCAUCUACAUGUUUGUGGUUCACUUCAUGAUCCCGCUGGCAAUCAUUUUCUUCUGCUACGGGAACCUGGUCUGCACUGUCAAGGAGGCUGCUGCCCAGCAGCAGGAGUCUGCCACCACCCAGAAGGCAGAGAAGGAAGUGACCCGCAUGGUCAUCAUCAUGGUCAUCUCCUUCCUGAUCUGCUGGGUGCCCUAUGCCAGUGUGGCAUUCUACAUCUUCACCAACCAGGGGUCAGACUUCGGGCCCAUCUUCAUGACCAUCCCAGCAUUCUUUGCCAAGAGCUCGGCCAUCUACAACCCUGUCAUCUACAUCGUCAUGAACAAACAGUUCCGGAACUGCAUGAUCACAACCCUCUGCUGUGGCAAGAACCCUCUGGGAGACGAGGACACAUCUGCUGGCAAGACAGAGACCUCGUCCGUCUCCACCAGCCAGGUCUCCCCUGCAUAGGCCCCAGGGGAGCAGCCAGUCCCCGGGGUGCUGCCCUGGGGGCACAACCUUCGCCCACCGCCGCCACCUCCUGCCCCAUGGCCAGGCCCUGUGGGACAGGCUCCUCGCUCCUGGCUCUAGGAACCCUGGGAACAAGGCUGAAAAUCUGUACACACCUUUUGUAAUUAAAAUGCAAAGGCUUAGCUCCUCUGGCGAAAAUCCAUGCGUUUCUGUUGACUUGCUGAGAGCUCAUGCCCCUUCUCUGAGUGCAGAGGGGGUCAGAGAGCUCUGCCUGGGCCAUGGCAGAGCUGUCCUGCCUCCCUCAACCUGCCCCAGCCAGGGCACCUUCUGCAUCUGCUGCUGCCAGGGCCAGAGCUGGGGCCACUUUCUGGCUCUUUUGCCAGAGAUGUUUCCUAGCCAGUGCUGCCAGUCCCUCAGCCCAUCAGCAGCAGGUUUGGCUGCUGCAAAGUGCCCCAGCUCUGUCAGAUGCUCCCAGCUCUGGCCCUGUCCCAUCUGCCAGAAGUCCUGGGAGACACUGUGAUUCCUGCAGGGGAUGGGACAGAUACCAGUGCACGGAUCCUGCUGGCAGGCAGGAGGCACAGAGAGCCCUGCCAGCAUGACACAGCCUUGAGUGGCUCCAGCACAGCUCUGUGCUCAGCCCUGCAGCACUGCACAACCUGAAUGUCUCUAGGACAGCUCUGUGCUCAGCCCUGCAGCGCUGCACACCCUGAGUGGCUCCAGCACAGCUCUGUGCUCAGCCCUGCAGCACUGCACAACCUGAAUGUCUCUAGGACAGCUCUAUGCUCAGCCUUGCAGCACUGCACACCCUGAAUGUCUCUAGGACAGCUCUGUGCUCAGCCCUGCAGUGCUGCACACCCUGAGUGGCUCCAGCACAGCUCUGUGCUCAGCCCUGCCAGCACUGUACACCCUGAGUGGCUCCAGCACAGCUCUGUGCUCAGCCCUGCAGCACUGUACACCCUGAGUGGCUCCAGCACAGCUCUGUGCUCAGCCCUGCAGUGCUGCACACCCUGAGUGGCUCCAGUACAGCUCUGUGCUCAGCCCUGCAGCACUGCACACCCUGAGUGUCUCUAGGACAGCUCUGUGCUCAGCCCUGCACAGCAGCACACCCUGAGUGUCUCUAGGACAGCUCUGUGCUCAGCCCUGCACAGCAGCACACAGACAGAGUUUGCACCCUGAGCAGCAGCUCUGCUCCAUGGCCCCAGCACCCCUUCAGUGCAGUCCUCUUUCUCUUCCCUAGCCAUCUUUGGACCCCUAGGGCCAACCCCCAAGGAGCUUCCCCAUGCCCUGCCCGUUUGGGGCAGUCUGGUCCUGGCCCAGCAGCAGGUUUGGGCAGCUCUGGAGGCUUGCUGGGCACAGGGCUGAUCUCCAGCAGCAGCACCCAGCAGCAUAUGGCUCAGCCACGCCGACAUAUGUUCGAAGCACUACAAGAUGGCAUGUUGCAAUUGUAGCAG